CAGGCGGUGGGCGGAGCAGCGGGCCGAUGGUGAAGAAGGAGGACCGUGUUUGUUGUUUGUUGUUUUCAUCGACCGUUGAUUUCUGCCGUUUGUCGUCUGUUCACCGAUUUACCGGAUAGAAGCAGCGGGACAGAGACGGUUUCACUCCUCAAACUAACCGACAGCCGCGUUCACAAUCUGCUGCGUCGAGCGGAAAGACCCGGAAACAUGAAAUGGAUGUUCAAAGAGGAUCACUCGUUGGAACAUCGAUGCAUAGAGUCGGCCAAAAUCCGCAACAAAUACCCUGACAGGGUCCCGGUGAUCGUGGAGAAGGUUUCCGGAUCACAGAUCGUGGACAUCGAUAAGAGGAAGUACCUGGUGCCCUCCGACAUCACGGUGGCCCAGUUCAUGUGGAUCAUCAGGAAACGCAUCCAGCUGCCCUCAGAGAAAGCCAUCUUCCUGUUCGUGGACAAGACGGUGCCGCAGUCCAGCAUCACGAUGGGGCAGCUGUACGAGAAGGAGAAGGACGAGGACGGAUUUUUAUACGUGGCCUACAGCGGCGAGAACACCUUUGGUUUUUAGGAAUCAGAGCAGCCGAUCGUGACGCUGACACCCACCCACAUCCAAUCACAGCCCUCACUCGGCCCCUGCAGACGGCGAGGGAAGCCCCGCAGAGAUUCAGAGACACCCGGAGGACGGACGGGACGGACAUGAAGGCAGCACCGCAGCGUUUGUUCUGGCCCAUGUUGCACCAGUUCUUUACAGAGUCAUAGAUUCAGUUUGUUAGUUUGAUGUCGUGAUUCGAGUGUUUUAGGAUGAUUUUUUUUUGUUUGUUUCCACCUUUUAAACGCGUGAAUGAAGUUUGCUUUUAGUUGUGCUUUUCUUCUUUGGAGACGAUAUUUAAAAGAAUUUUAAUUUAAUUAUUUGAAGGUAAGGUAGCUGGAUGACCUAACCAAUAAAAAGAGCAAAUUAAACUGA